UCGUCGCGUAGGGCAACAAAAAUGGCGUCCACCAUCUCGGGUAAUUUCUUUGGCAGUGACACGAAUCAUUUGUCUGGAGAAGAGAAAUUUCCAGAAAUGACAGAGUUUAGCGGUUCAAGCGAUGAAGACAAGGCAUGUGCUAAGUUAUUUUGGCAAUCUGUGACCCUUCACCCACCAAUCGAAUCAAGGCUGGUAUCUGGAGACAUUAGACAGAGACUUCCAAAUGCUGGCCCUUUUUUGCAAGAUCCAAAUUAUGCUCACGCACCAGAACAAGAUGACCCAAAGUUGAGAGCGUUCCUUGGUAAAGCCCAUGCACAGAUGGUCUAUGAAGAAAGUGAAAAUUUAACAAAACUGGCUAUGAAGAGGCAAGAGACAAGAAUGAUUCAUCAGAAAAGACAAGCUGAAAGAAAAGAGAAAGAGAAGAUUUCCCAUAGAACAAGGAAGCCCCUUGUACCAGAAGAUGACUAUGAGAUCCUUGAUGAUGAAGCCAUGAAUGCAAUGGAUGAACUUGACCAGUUUGACAAAACCCUUGAGGAAAGGAGCCAGAAAAACCUUGUGCUUUGACAAUACGAACUUUGAUAUGGACCUUGUCUUGAUUAGUGAAAUAUGAGGUUUAUGUUAA